AUGAUACAGUUCAAUACACUCUCUUUGGCUAGCAUUGGGCCAAAGGUGGAAAAGGAUGCUGGUCCUAGAAGAUUUCUAGCCAUCUAUUGCACUUCGGCACUAUCAGGUUCACUAAUGAGCUACUGGUUUAGCUCCGCACGCACAUAUGGUGUUGGUGCAUCUGGGGCUAUCUGUGGAUUGGUCGGUGCAUAUGCUGUUUAUAUAUGGAGGCACAAAGAACUUUUCCGAAACGGAGAGGAAGUUUUGGAGAGUGUUAAAAUUGUGGUUCUAAUAAAUCUGGGUAUCGGCAUCCUUCUUAGGCAGCGCAUCGACAACUGGGCACAUCUGGGAGGAUUUCUUGGGGGAGCAGCUGUAGAAUGGUUCUACGGUCCAGAUUGGAAACGGCGCCCGUUGUUCAGCCAAUGAGUAGCACAAGACCACAGUAAUGUGCACGGCUUACACAUAAAAUUGACAGGGCGGUCCCUAUAUUGCUCUGGAAGGUGCAAAUACCUUUACUAACUGAGCUGAUAGGAGUGCUUGCAAAGUGCAAACAUCUCCCAGUAGACCAGUCUCCUUGUUGGAAACACCUUUCUUUGGAGCCUGUCGUACUGUAUACUACAGGGCUUUCAGCUAGUUUAAAACAUUAA